AUGUUAAGAAGCAGAUUCAUAGCAAGCAGAGGCUUACAGGCCCUCAAGCAGACUCCCAUCCUCGGCACUCGAUCGAUUGCAUCGCUGCCGAACUUGACCAAAACAUCUCUGAAGUCAAAUCCACUAGCAACAGGCCAUAUAAACCACCCGACUUUCCCGGCAUUCGCAUGUAAUCCAUCCGCAUCAUUGAAUUAUGGUGUCUCUGGUUGUCAAUCUAGUCCCCUGUCAACACAAACUGCAACAUUGGCUACUUCAACGACUGAAUCUUCCACCGGUGCGUCAGGUGCUGAAUCCAGUGCGGAUUCCAUGUCGGAUGAAGCUAGUGAUGAUCGUAAUCAUCGGUCGCCUGAUGGGGAAAAGGGGGGUACUGCUGGUGCUCCAGCUGCAAGGAAAUUUUCAGACAUAACAGCAUUGACGCCAACAACUCUGGAAGCUCUGAAUCGCCACUUUAAAUAUAGUCAGAUGACGCUGGUACAGGAUCGUGUACUGUCCAUGAUACCGACUGAACAAGAUCUACUAGUCAGAGCAAAGACUGGAACUGGAAAGACAUUGGCCUUCCUCAUCGCUGCUUUGGAAUCACUGCAGCAGCAUCCAGAUCCGGAAUUUAGGAAGAAUUUACAGGCUGGUCGUGGUAUAUCGUGUAUAGUAUUAUCGCCUACGAGAGAACUGGCUCUACAGAUUGGUAGAGAGGCUGAAAAGUUGCUCAAGACGACUAGGUUUCGAGUUCAUACUAUGGUUGGAGGAAACAAAAAGUCGGAGCAGCUGCGAGAGUUUGAUAGAACUCGAGCAGACUUUGUAGUAGGUACUCCCGGUCGUUUAUUGGACUUGUUGACUUCUGAACGUUCAUUCAAGAAUGCUGCGCAGUAUAUGAAGAUUCUCAUUCUGGAUGAAGCAGACACGCUACUGGAAAUGGGUUUCGCAGAGGAAAUCAAAGACAUCUUACGAAACUUGCCUAAAGAACGACAAUCCCUCUUGUUCUCAGCCACACUGAGUCCAGCAAUCCGUGGAAUAGCUCGUGAAGUUUUGAAACCAGAUGGUAAAUUUGUAGAUACCGUAUCAGCCGACGACAUUGCCACACACCUAAAAAUCAAACAAUCAGCAUUGGUUGCUCCCUACUCGCUCCAUCUCACAACCCUAUAUCACACAAUCAUAAAACAGCAAGCAAUCAAUCCCAAUGCUAAAAUCAUGGUAUUCUGCUCAUCCACGAAAUUCACUGAAUACAUGACAUCUGUAUUCAGAGUCCUCCUCAAUCAUCAUACGGACGUCCUCGAACUACAUUCCAAACUAACCAUGAACGCACGUACCCGAAUCGCUGCUCGAUUCCGUAACUCGUCAGCUGCUUCCAUACUCUUCACAUCCGAUGUAUCUGCUCGUGGUGUUGACUAUCCUGGAGUAACACUGGUAGUGCAGAUGGGACAACCUAGUACUUUAGAUCAGUACAUUCAUCGUAUUGGACGUACUGCUCGAGCUGGAAAGGACGGUGAAGCUGUCAUGAUAUUGAGUCCUUACGAACGUGGAUUUAUCCGCGAUUUGCAUGAUUUGCCUGUUGAAGUUGUUGAUGUGAAGGCUGCAGACUUGGCUGAACAUGAUCAUAUUCAGGGUAAACUAGGAUUGUUCUUUGAACGAUUGUCGAGUGAUACUAUAGCUGAUUGUUACAGGUCUUACUUGUCAUACUAUCGACCAUUAUUCAAAAGUAUUGGUCUAGAAACACUAGUCAGAGCAUCUCAAGAGUUUGGACGAGGAGUAUUAGGAGCAAAGAGCGAUUCCGAUCUAGCUCUGGAUUCAAGCAUGGUGACCAAGCUAGGAUUGACUCGAGUUAGAGGCCUUGUCAUCCGUGAAACACCUAGAAGACGAAACGACUACGACUCUGAAUCACGAGGAUAUGGAGAUCGAGACUUUGGAUCAGACCGUAAUGAUAAUAGUCGUUUCGGCGGUAGCGGUAGCUCUAGAUCUGGAUUACUUGAACGUGGUAGGAAUAGUGGAUUUGAUAAUAGUGGUGGAUUUAAUAGGGGAGGACGGAUGCAAGAAUUGUUAAAGGAUACUGAACUCUCUUCCAGUGCAUCAAAUCCACGAGGUGCUGGUGCUCCACCUAGUAGUGUAGACAAGGAUGUUGCGUUUUUGGGUAACUUGGCUGAUGUAUUGGACGAAGAACGAAUACAACCACGUUACAACUCAGGUAAACCCAACAAGUAUGGUGGAGGUGAGGGCUUCAAUCGAUCCGGUUCUAGUCGUAGCAGUAGUGGUAGUCGAGGUAGUGGUGGUAGUAGGAGCUGGGAAUCUAGAGGCAGACGACCAAGUGAUUCUGGAUUGUCAUCGUGGAAUGGAGACUCGUCUCGCAAAAAGUACAAGAUGUAA